AUGGCAGCCCACCACCGCAAGAUCGAGCUCCAGUCUCCAGCAGACUUCAUCUACCUAUACACCAACACAGUCGCGCUCGCGCGCCGCAAACUAGACCUGAAUCUGCCCCCUUCGGCAAUCGACAAUGAAACGCCCGAUCCGAUGCGCGAACGCGUCAGAGAAUUAGUCGACGAUUAUAUCAACACAACGUUCGAAACAGCCUCUUCGUCAAUAAGCAUCAACGGGCUUGACUCCACAUCCGAACAGUUCCCCUUCCCGGCAGCUCUGACAAAGCCAACCGAGACAGUCGAGUAUGAAGCCUACGAUACAGAGCUAGCGUCGCGCGUGACGGCCCUCUACGCGCAGCUUGAGUCGCUGACGACGGGCAUCGCGCAGCAGAGACGGGACGCGCCGAGACGCGCUGCGAGGGAGUAUGCGGCGCAGCUUAAGGGAUUGAUUCAGGGGGAGGUUGAAGAGGAGGAAUAUGAUGCUGCGAGUGGGGCUGGAACGGCGGGGGAUGGAAUGGAUGUUGAUUCUGGGUCUGGGUUGAAAGGUGUCGAUCCGGCGUGGAAGUUGGAGGUUGCUCUUGGGUCGACGGAGGAGCAGGAGCGUUGGGCUAGUGGGGAUAUUGCGGGGGUUUAUGAGGAUGCCCUGCGGUCUAUUUUGAGGUUGCAGGGUGAGGGUGAGGGCGAGGCGGGUGAUGGUGCGGAGGGGCUUGCUUUGGCUUCGACUGUUGGGAAAGCUGAGAGGGCUGGGCGUGCUGCUGAGGUGGUGGAGAGUAUGUGA